CGUCGUCGUCCUCAAGUCUGCUGAAACAUGGAGGGUUCAAUCAAUAUGUCUGCUAAUGGGUUUCUCUUGGCUGCUCUGUUUCUGUUCUGUUUCUUGGGAUUCUCUCAUGGACAUAUCCACUUUUCGUCUCUUCCAAGAAGUUUGGAGGUCACUGCUUCGCCUAAACCUGGACAAGUUCUCAAAGCGGGUGUUGAUAAAAUCAGUGUGACCUGGGUUCUAAACGGGACUGUCAAAUCUGGGUCGGAUUCGAGCUACAAGACCGUCGAGGCGAAGCUCUGCUACGCGCCGGUGAGUCAAGUGGACCGGGCCUGGAGAAAAACAGAGGACGAUCUCUCAAAGGACAAGACCUGCCAGUUCCUCAUUGUGGGAAAGCCGUACAAUCCGGCGAACAAGACCGUACAAAAGUUCGAGUGGACUGUGGCGCGUGACAUUCCAACGGGAACUUUCUUCGUCCGGGCCUACGCUUUCAAUUCCGCCGGCGAGGAAGUGGGCUACGGGCAAACGAGUGACAACAAAAAAGGCACAAACUUGUUUCAAAUCAAAGCGAUCACAGGUCGCCAUAUCUCACUUGAUAUUGCCUCUGUUUGCUUCAGUGCUUUCUCUGUGCUGUCUUUGUCCGGAUUCUUCUUAGCCGGCAAGAGAAAGACCAAGAAGGCAGAGGCGCCGGGACAGUAAGUUAACAAAGAUGGAAACUUGCUCUGUUUCUGAGUUCUUUUUUUGAAGUCUUUCUGCAUUUUGGGUUUCUCUUGUACUGUAAUUUUCUAGGUGAAAAGAUGGAAAAUAAAGUGUAUUAAAUUAUGAAUGUGUUGAUUAAUGACAAUAUUUGAAGAUAUUGGACUUUA